UCUACCUACAUAGGUACCUACCUACAAACAAUAUGUAGAAAAACAAGCAAAAAAUAAAUAAUAAAAAAAGAAAAAACUAUGAAGUAGAUACUUUAUUUGUGCAAGUAAAAUGCUAAUGAAAAACCUGUUAACAAAAUGUUGUGGAUGUUAAUAUGUGGUGUUCCACUAGUUUACGUUUUGAUUUGGUAUUUUCCAAUAUUAUGGAGCCUAAUUUAUUUGUUAUUGUUAGCUAUCUUUAUAAUAUUAAGUGUAUUCACUCUUAGUUUAUGGGGGCAUAUUGCAUUGUCAUCACCUUAUCAUAUACCACCGUUUUUGAUAGAAAGAAUUGAAAAGGAAGUUCGACAAUUUGAAGAAGCACUGAAGGAAGAUCAGGCAAAUUGGCCUCAAUCCAUGAAAAAAUCUCAUCUGCCAGUCAUAUUCGGAAGAACUGUAGACAGUCAAUUGCAGCUUCUCAUUGAUUACAUAUUGAGAGAUUUUGUAACUCGAUGGCUGAAAGAAUUGGCACAUAAACCUGAACCAGUCAUAGACAAGUUCAAGGAGCAUAUUUGGGGAGGUAUACAAAAUUUAUAUGAAAGGCUAUCAAGGGUUGAUGCUGAAAAAUUACUGGCUAAUGAUAUGGUGGUGAAGAUAACUCAACAUUUUGAAAGGAUAAGAAUUGCAAGAAGUUGUGCACUAGAAUUGAAUCAAGCACCUGUUUUUGCUCUAGCACCCCAUCUGACAUCUUUCGAAACAGAACAGCAUUAUUUGAGGCAGAUCAGUGAACUUAUUAUCAUGUUUUUGUUGCCGAGAUGCUAUUCUUUGGCACCAGGAUGCCAUCUCAUGAGGGAAAUACUUGCCUGCAAGAUUUUACAACCAGCUAUAGAUCUUGUAACAGAACCAGAUUAUAUAAAUCAGAAAAUUAUUCAAUAUUUGGAAGCACAAAAAGAAGUAAACGCCAUGCAUAUAAGGACUCAUGAAUAUGCAAAAACGUUUGAGGACUACAUACGUCUCAUUAAUAGUUGCAACAAUGUUGACACGCUGAAACGGUUACGGUAUGAUAUAGUAACACAAAUAAUGCAAGCAACAACGCUCCAAAACGUGAAACGAGCAAAAGGAAUUGACCUAGAUGCAAUAGAAAAAAGUAAUACACAACACAACAUAAGUCGGCAACAAAUAACCGAUGCUAAGAAACUUCAGAGGUAUAUAAAUCAACUUACAAUAGCGAAAGCGGAGUGUGAAACUGCACUUAGGAAAAUGGGCUGGGAUGGUGCAUUUCCUACAUUUGAGACAGAUAGCAAGACGCUACCUUUGCACAAAGUCAUGGACAGCGUGACGGGGCGCCGGUAUUUGUCGAUGUUCUUAGAAAAAAUGUGUUCUCAAGGCCUAGUCGGCUUUUGGACGUCAGUGGAAGACCUGCGGCACAGUCCCAGGAGCAGCUGGCAUCAGCUCGGUGCCGAGAUAUUUUAUACUUACAUAAGAUCGCCUAGUGCGGAAAUUAAAGUCGAUAAGGACACUAGAAAGCGAAUGGAAUCCUUUCUGCUGGGCGACAAGGGACCAGAUGUAUUUUAUGAAGUGCAAGAGACCGUUCUUGAUACGAUACAAGACAAAUAUUAUCAUUCGUUCUUAAUGAGUGAGGAAUAUAAAGCAUUGAUCGCUGAACUUGCAACAGAAGAAAAUAGCAAAGAUACGAACGUGGAUAGAUCGCCAAUAGAAGAGCGGCAAUUGUCGAAUGAGUCUGUUUCUUCGGCGGAGAGCGUCGCGGGAGCGUUGCACCUAACGGAGCACUCGACGUACGCACGAAGAAAACUCGAUCAGCUACAAGAACGACACAACAAUAAGAUACAGGCUCUAGCUGCUCUGCGAGCGUCGCUGAAGCCGGAGUCCCCUGCCUUGUCCAUGCUGGCCAACGAGGUGGAGAAGUUGGCCGGUGAACAGAUGAGGCUCGAGGCACACCUGGCCAGGACGGACACGUGGGCCGAGCACUUGGGGCGCUGGCGGGCCUCCGUCCACAGUGCUGACGUAAUAGACGAGUCUAAACCACCGCAGUUUGUGAUAGUCGUGCACAUGGCGGAAAAGGAAGAUUCGAACAGCGGGGACCGACCCGAGCAGAUCACCACCGGCUGGGUCCUGUUGAGGACGCUCAAUGAAUUCCAGGACUUACAUCGAAAGUUAAGGCCUUUGUGUUCAGAAUUGAAAAAUUUAGAGCUACCCUCAAACUCUUUUAAAUUUUUAUUCGGAAAAAACGAUAAGAAUUCUUUAGACAAAGCAAAAACAUUAAUACAAAAGUAUUUAGAGUUCGUAUUAGAAGACGACAGACUAAACCAAAGUGAAGCUUUAUAUACAUUCCUAAACCCUAGCUCGGAGUAUUUAAAACAAGAGGACAUGCCAAAGAAAAAUAAAUUCUCAUUAUCUACAUUAUUCAAAAGCGCAAGCAGCGAAGCAACGAAUAGAUCGUCGCAGGAGAAGGAGGCCUUUAACCACAUGUCGGCGGACGAAGACGAAAUAUCGAUGUACCUGGAUGGCAACGGAGCCGAGGCGGGAAACAAAACGAUGACUAAUUCCUUGCGAGGGGCCAGCGCGAUAGCCGAAGAACGGGACAGCACCGCGGAGCCGCUGUACGCGCUGCUCAGUGAGGUGUUCGACAUGCGCGGCGUGUUCCGCUGGCUCCGGAAGACCCUCGUCACCUUCGUGCAGAUCACGUACGGACGCACCAUCAAUAGGCAAAUAAAGGAUACAAUAUCUUGGCUGUUUUCGGAGCAGAUGUUGCAUUAUUACAUAAGCGUAGUUAUCAAGUCUUGGUGGCCGGGCGGAGUCCUCUCGGAGCACGGCUCGAACAGGAAUUUUCAAGAUAAAGAGCACACGAGGACCCUCGCGCUGCAGCAGCUGAGCGAGAGCGUGAUGGACGCGCUGUCGUCGCUGGUGGGCGCGCAGACGGCGGCCCGCGGCGCGCACAAGCUGUUCCACACGCUGCAGCACACCACGCACAACAAACAACUCUUUUACGAAUUGUUCGAACUGGUAUUGAUAGAAGUAUUUCCUGAGCUCAAGCGUUACUAUAACUAAUACCAUACUAUUUAUAGGUAAGAAACCAUGACAAUAGAUUUAUGAAACACGUAUGUACCUAAAAGUCUGUUAUAAAAGUGGCAAAUGUGUCAAAUAAAAAAGUGGAGCAUAUUUUUAACUGUGAUGGACAUUUGAAAAAAGUGUAUGUUUUAAUUUGAUUCCCCGUGUUAUCAUACUAGUGCUAUAAUGUGGUAUACAGCGUGGUAGGCAGCGGCUUGGCUCUGCCCCUGGCAUUGCUGAAGUCCAUGGGCGACGGUAACCACUCACCAUCAGGUGGGCCGUAUGCCCGUCUGCCUACAAAGGCAAUAAAAAAAGAAAAGAAAACGUAAUUUUUAAUGAAUACAUGGAUAUUAUUUUUUUGAUAUAAGAAAUCACUUGCACUGUGACCGUUUUAGAAAAAGAAAAAUUCUUGUGACCGAUAUAUCAAAACUAUAGAUAUUCUAAUUUACUUUCCACGUUGCGUACUUUAGUAUGAUAAUUAAAUAAUAUUAAUUAAGUUUUAUUGAAAAUCGUAUUUUUAACAACUUCGUUCCUAGUGAUUACUACUUAUUAUAAUUUUUUUUAUGAGAACUGGAUUUUAAUAUUAACUUAUAUUCCCUUUAACAUGUACGGUGACUAUAAUUUUUUAAUAUUUUCGUAUGGUACGUUUUUUUUAUUCGUCUUCCAUACGCUCUAAGGUAAAUUAGCUUGUUUGUAGCAAUCCUAUAUAUAUAUAUAUGUUAGUAGUUAAACUUUCAAGUCACAAACUUACAUUACAAAAUAUCGCCUUUAAAACUGAGACUUAGAACUCUUGCCUCAGGAUGAUCGAUAGAUGCCUGUGGGCUCCGGUAACCACUAAACAACAAUUGGACCGUGAACUCGUUCAUCUAACAUCUAAC